CGCUUCUGAGCUCCACUGGCAGUCUAGCAGACCCACCUGAAUGGAGCUGAACAGUGGGUGGUUCCGUGGGACCCAUCGACGACUACACUCUGGUAACGUUAACUUUAACCUUAACAUCGUGUCGUUGCUUGCUCUCUGGCAGCAUUCUCAGUAUGUGGAGGGGUUGCCGAAGCAGCGCGACACUUGUGUGCCCCGCCAUUUUGUGCUAACGCCGUGCUUGCCCGCCAGCGCCAAUCCGCCUGGCUGUUUGAGCAGAUCGAGCCGCUGCGAUGGCAUCGAGGAGGGAUAUGGCGAUGACGACAAGAUCGGUGAGCAUCGGCAGUGUCAUUGGUACCACCCAUGUCAAGCCACCUUUGCCUAAGCUUCUGCUGUAGCACUUACUACUUACUGGCCAAGGCGCAGACCUUCCAGGUUAGAAGCUUCAGCCUUGGAAGAAAUUCCAUGCUCUUCAUAUCCAGUCAGGCCGGUUCACGUGGCGGCUGUUUCAUGCUUCAGCCGCCUCUAAUACCGCAUCUCAUGCGACCCGAGGCGGCACAUGGUUUCCCCCUUUGGCCGCUUGAUGUCGCACAGGGACCGCCCUGCAGACCCCUGCUUCUGAUGUAUCGGGCAGCACCCAAGGUCCCAAAUGUCGUAUUAGACCGCCGUGCUUGCACAAACGCCGACCUUUGCGUCAUCGUCAUACCGAUCUCUGCACGUCUUCCAUGGCAGGCAGCCAUACACGGCCUUCUCUCCAGACUGCAGUGUACACUCGCGGUGGGUAUUUCCCCGCCAAGGUCCCUUCUCCGGGUUACCCCAGGUGCGGCCAUGGCCCCCCCUCGUGGCCGCUCCUCGUGAAGCGCAUUGCCAUCCGAACCUCGGUAGCUACACCGCGUGGUGCGCUUUUGGAUCGGCGAUUCGACUGGCCGCUUGACGGCGCCCACCAACUUGGAAAAGUCGGCCCUGCCCAGCAAUGGCUUCCCCUCAACCGGCCGGACUAUCACAGGGGUUCCCUAUAGAGCUUCCUGUUCUGGUCGUUUCGCAGCAUGAAUGACCUCGGGCUCUCGGAGGG